AUCGGCAUCGGCAGCCGGACAGAGGCUCGCGCUGUCAACGAGCUGCACCGGCGCAGGCAGCGGCAGCGGCAGCAACAGCAACAGCAACCUGAGCCCCCGCACCCGGCAAACGAUGCACGCUCCUGCUUCCUCCGACACACAGCAUUACAUUCGGUCAUACUUGUUUAAGAAGAAAAGUGACCUGUCCCUGAUUGCAGCUGGAUCAUUAAAAGAUUCUAUCUUUAUUAAUUAUUUUUUCACUCGUCAAUAAUUUGCACCCAAAAUUAAACAUUGAAAAUGUUUAACUUAAUUAAAAAAGACAAAGAUAAAAAGGAAAAGAAAGAAAAGAAGGAAAAACGGGAGAAAAUGUCUGUAGCAGAAUUGAAAAGUCUCGAGGAAGUUGGUCUUCGUCGAGGACUCUUUAAUUUGAAUCGAUCUUCGAAGCGGGAAUCAAAGACUAAACUGGAAAUUUCAGCUCCUAUACCAAUAAAGGUAGCUAGUAGUUCAGAUCUCAAUCUUACUGAUAUUGAUUCAGACACUGUUAGUAACAGAGGAAGCAUGAUUUUUGAUUCCGAGCAAUUAAGUACUGCCAGUUCCAGUGAUGACCUCAAAAUUGAUGAGAGUAGUUUGAAGGGAUCUGUACUUCAGAGAGCAGCUUUGUUUGGCUCUCUUGCUAAACAGAAUUCAGUCCAACUAGUAAAGAGGUUCUCUUUUUCACAAAAGAGCCGAGAAGAGACUUCAGAAAUGUCAACACCAUCAGAAAAUUCUGUGACUCCUUCACCACAAGUAGAAAUGAGAAAUGAAGGCUUACUACUGGGGUAUCUAGAGGCAAUGCCAAAACAUAUGUCGGAUACAGUGUUAAUAGCAAGUCCUAAUACUCAGAUUCCGGAAAUUGUGGAUAAAAGUUUUGCUGCUGAUCUACGGCUUCCUCCUGUGGUACCACCUUUACCUACAGAACCCAGAGAGCUUGUAUUGCAAAGAAGAAAUACAGGAGACUUUGGAUUCUCUUUGCGGAGAACUACCAUGCUGGACAGAGGACCUGAUGGACAGGUUUACCGUAGAAUGGUUCACUUUGCAGAGCCUGGGGCUGGUACCAAAGAUCUGGCAUUGGGUUUGAUGCCGGGUGACAGACUGGUGGAAAUUAACAGUAAGAAUGUUGAAAAUAAAUCACGCGAUGAAAUAGUUGAGAUGAUCCGUCAAUCUGGAGAUACCGUGAGAUUGAAAGUGCAGCCAAUCCUUGAGUUGAAUGAGCUCAGCCGAUGUUGGUUGAGAAACCACAAAGGAAUUCACAGAGAUACUUUUGGUUCAAAGACCGAGGAGCAGAUCGCUGCAGAGCAAGCAUGGUAUGAAGCAGACAAGGUGUGGCUGGUUCACAAAGAUGGCUUUUCAUUAGCUGCUUAUUUAAAGACUGAUGCUGGAGCCCCCAAUCUCCCAGAAGGCAAAGUGAAAAUUAUACUGGAUCAUGACAGAGCAAUACUAGAUGCCGAUGAAGAUGACGUGGAGAAGGCAAAUCCACCAACCUAUGACCGAGUGGAAGAUCUUGCAUCCUUGUUGUACCUUAACGAAUCCAGUGUUCUUCACACAAUACGCCAACGUUAUGGGGGUAACCUAAUCUACACUUAUGCAGGAUCCAAUAUGAUAGUGGUGAAUCCCCUCAGCUCUCCUUCAAUGUACUCUGAGAAGGUUAUGCACAUGUUUAAAGGGUGUCGCAGGGAAGAUACCUCUCCUCAUGUGUAUGCUAUUGCACAAGUUGCCUACCGAAAUUUGCUGACCACCAGGCAGGACCAAUCCAUUGUUCUUUUGGGCAGAAGUGGCAGUGGAAAAACUACAAACAGUCAACAUCUUGUUCAGUAUCUGGUCACAAUUGCCGGGAGCACAGGAAAAAUCGUGACUGUGGAGAAAUGGCAGGCUGUGUAUUCUGUUUUGGAAGCCUUUGGCAAUAGCACUACAAGUAUGAACACCAAUGCCACACGUUUUUCACAGAUCGUCUCACUUGACUUUGAUCAGGCUGGUCAGGUGGCUUCAGCUUCUAUACAGACUCUGCUUUUGGAGAAACUCAGGGUGUCUAAGCGUCCAGGGAAUGAAGGAACAUUCAAUGUGUUCUACUAUCUGUUGGCUGGUGCUGACAAUACUCUCAGAACUGAGCUUCAUUUGAAUCACUUUGCAGAAAACAGUGCUUUUGGAAUUGCACCUUUAUCAAAGCCUGAAGAGAAGCAAAAGGCAGCUCAGCAAUUUAACAAACUUCAGAUUGCAAUGAAAGUGCUUGGGAUUUCAGUUGAUGAACAGAAGGCUUUUUGGCACAUCUUGGGUGCUAUCUACCACUUGGGGGCAGCAGGAGCCACUAAAGAUGGUGAUGAAGCUGGGAGGAGACAGUUUGCCAGACAUGAAUGGGGCCAGAAAGCAGCCUAUCUGUUAGGUUGCAAUUUAGAAGAAUUGUCCUCUGCACUCUUUAAGCAUCAGCCAAAGGGUACACUCCAGAGAUCAACUUCCUUCCGGCAAGGGCCAGAUGAAUGUGGACAGGGAGAUGGAUCAGGCCCUAGGAUAACAGCAAUAGAAUGUCUGGAAGGAAUGGCAUCUGGUUUAUAUGGAGAGCUGUUCAUGCUGCUAAUCUCACUCAUUAAUAGGGCUCUUAAAUCCACUCAGAAUUCACUUUGUUCAAUAAUGAUAGUGGACACCCCUGGAUUUCAGAAUCCAAAGAACACAUCACAUAACAGAGCUGCAACUUAUGAGGAACUCUGCCACAAUUACGCACAGGAACGUCUACAGAUGCUCUUCUAUGAGCGAACGUUUUUGAAAGAGCUUGAUCGAUACAAGGAGGAAAACAUAGAGCUUGAAUUAGAUGAUGUAGAGUCCAGUUCUUCUUUUUCUGUAGCUGCCAUAGAUCAAGCCUCUCAUCAGGCACUGGUUCGAACUUUGGCUAGAACGGACGAAGCAAGAGGGCUGCUUUGGCUGCUGGAUGAAGAAGCGCUACAGCCUGAUGGAAAUGAAGAUACACUUUUAGAACGGCUGUUCACAUACUAUGGUCGACAAGAUAAUGAUAAGAACGGCCAGAGCCCAUUGCUCAAAAGCAACAAACCGCAUCACUUCAUCCUAGGACAUUGUUACAAUACCAAUUGGGUGGAGUAUGACACAACUGGCUGGUUGACUCAUGCAAAACAGAACCCUGCCUCCCAAAAUGCUGCUGCCCUGCUGCAGGAUUCACAGAAGAAAAUCAUUAGCAAUCUCUUUAUGGGCAGAGCUGGAACAGUCACGGUAUUGUCUGGUUCAAUUGCUGGUCUGGAGGGAGGAUCCCAGCUUACCUUAAGAAGAGCCACAAGCAUGAGAAAGACUUUCACCACUGGUGUAGCUGCUGUGAAGAAGAAAUCGUCCUGCAUUCAGAUUAAGCUCCAAGUGGAUGCUCUUAUUGACACAAUCAAGAAGUCUAAGAUUCAUUUUAUCCACUGUUUGCUGCCAAAGACUGAUGCUUUCACUGAAACAAAGGUGUCUCCAACUCCUUCUUUCAAGUCUGGAAUAACAGAAGCUGAUGCCCAGGCCGAAAACUUUGAAGCCGGUCUGAUGCAGCUGGAUGUACCACUGCUUCGAGCCCAGAUUAGGGGCUGCAAACUUCUUGAUGCCCUUAGAAUAUAUAGACAAGGUUAUCCAGAUCAUAUGGUGUUUUCUGAGUUUAGACGACGUUUUGAUGUUCUUGCACCACAUCUAACAAAAAAGCAUGGGCGUAACUACAUUGUUAAAGAUGAAAAACGGGCCGUAGAAGAACUUCUGGAGUCACUGGAUUUAGAGAAGAGCAGUUACCACAUAGGCCUUAGUCGGGUGUUUUUCCGAGCAGGGACUCUGGUUAAAUUAGAAGAACAAAGGGAUGAACAGACCAGAAGGAAUAUCACACUUUUCCAGGCAGCUUGCAGAGGAUACCUUGCAAGACAGUAUUUCAAGAAGAGAAAGAUUCAAGAACUAGCUAUUCGCUGCAUCCAGAAAAACAUUCAAAAGAACAAAGGAGUCAAGAACUGGCCGUGGUGGAAACUGUUCACCACAGUUCGCCCACUAAUUGAGGUUCAGUUGACAGAAGAGCAAUUACGGGGCAAAGAUGAGGAGAUUCAGCAGCUACGCAGCAAAAUAGAACGGGUUGAAAAGGAGCGCAAUGAGCUGCGGCUAACCAGUGAUCGCUUAGAAAGCAGGCUGGGAGACCUAACGUCAGAAUUAACAGACGAGAGAAACACUGGUGAAUCAGCAUCUCAACUUCUAGAGACAGAAACUGCAGACAGGCUUCGAUUAGAGAAAGAAAUGAAAGAGUUGCAGGCCAAAUAUGAUGGAAUGAAGAAACAAAUGGAGUCAAUGGAAAUGGAAGUGAUGGAAGCUCGCCUUAUCAAAGCAGCAGAGCUAAAUGGAGACUUGGAUGACGAUGAUUCUGGUGGAGAAUGGAGACUGAAGUACGAGCGUGCAAUAAGAGAGAUAGAUUUCACCAAAAAGCGAAUGCAUCAAGAAUUUGAUGACAAACUAGAGGUUGAAUUACAGAACAAAAGGCAACUGGAACGAAAAGUUGCAGAUUUGCAAGCUGACAAUGAAGAAAUGCAACGGAGUGUUCAGCAAUUGAAGAAAAAAUCCCAGCGACUAACAGCAGAAUUGCAAGACACCAAGCUGCACCUUGAAGGACAGCAAGGGCGUAACCAUGAAUUGGAAAAGAAGCAGAGAAAGUUUGACAGUGAGUUGUCACAGGCACAAGAUGAGGCUCAGAGAGAGAAGAUCCACAAAGAGAAACUGAGCAGAGAAAGAGAUGGUUUUAUAGCAGAGAUAUUCAGCCUAAAACAACAACUGGAUGACAAGGACUCUGAAAUCAUCACUAUAACCCAAAAGGCAGACCGUCUUGAUGCAGAACUGCAGGACCUAUCCUCUCAAGAAUCUAAAGAUGAAGCUUCACUAGCUAAAGUGAAGAAGCAGGUGCGUGAAUUGGAAGCCAAAGUCAAGGACCAGGAAGAGGAGCUAGAUGAACAAGCUGGGACGAUUCAGAUGCUGGAACAGGCAAAACUUCGAUUGGAAAUGGAAAUGGAAAGGCACAGACAAACUCAAGCAAAGGAAAUUGAAAGCAAAGAGGAGGAGGUGGAAGAAAUUAGACAGUCUUGCCAGAAGAAGUUAAAACAAUUUGAGCUGCAAUUAGAAGAAGAGUAUGAUGAGAAACAAAAAAUUUUGAGAGAGAAGAGAGAUCUGGAGAGCAAACUGUCUUCAGUCAGUGAGCAGGUUAGUGAACGAGAUUUUGAAACUGAAAAGAGACUGCGCAAGGACCUUCGGCGCACAAAAGCCCUUCUGGCUGAUGCACAAAUAAUGCUGGAUCACUUCAAGAAUAAUGCACCCAGCAAACGGGAAAUCGCACAGUUGAAAAACCAGCUUGAAGAAUCAGAGUUCACCUGUGCAGUGGCUGUCAAAGCUCGAAAAGCCAUGGAAGUUGAAAUGGAAGAUCUACACCUUCAGAUUGAAGAUAUCUCUAAGGCCAAAGUUGUACUGGAUGAGCAACUAAGUCGUCUACAACGUGAGAAAAAUGAGCUACAGAGCCGUCUUGAGGAGGAUCAAGAGGAUAUGAAUGAACUCAUGAAGAAACACAAAGCCCUAGUUUCCCAGUCAUCUAGGGACCUGGGCCAGAUCAACGAACUACAGUCACAACUUGAAGAAGCCAGUAAGGAAAAACAAGAACUACAAGAGAAGUUACAAGGCCUGCAGAAUCAGCUAGAGUUCACAGAACAGUCCAUGGUAGAUAAAUCCUUGGUGAGCAGGCAAGAAGCCAAGAUUCGUGAACUUGAAACUAAACUGGAAUUUGAGAAGACCCAGGUCAAACGCCUUGAGACCCUAGUUAGUCGUCUCAAGGAAAACCUGGAAAAACUGGGAGAAGAGAGAGAUCAGAGGGCAGCUGCUGAAAAUCGAGAGAAGGAGCAAAAUAAGCGACUGCAGCGGCAGCACAGGGAUGUAAAGGAGGAAAUGGGAGAACUUAGCAAGAAGGAAGCUGAAGCCAGCCGCAAAAAACAUGAGCUGGAAAUGGAUAUCGAGAGCCUUGAAGCUGCAAAUCAGAGCCUACAGUCUGACCUUAAACUUGCUUUUAAAAGAAUUGGAGAUUUACAAGCAGCAAUUGAGGAUGAAAUGGAAAGUGAUGAAAAUGAAGAUCUUAUUAACAGUUUGCAAGAUAUGGUGACAAAGUAUCAGAAAAGAAAGAAUAAAAUUGAAGGUGAUUCUGACACAGACUCUGAAAUCGACGAGCGAGUGGACGGUGUCAAAUCCUGGCUGUCAAAGAACAAGGGCUCAGCCAAAACAUAUUCAGAUGAUGGAAGCCUAAAAAGCUCAAGCCCUCCUUUGUAUCGUCGGCACAUCUCUAUUAUUAACUCUGAUGAUGAGAUGGACAGUAUUGAAGAUGCCCUGAAGUCCAGGUUGUCAACCCGACGACCGCUAAACAAUAGUGACAGUGACACCAAAAUUGUGGAAUCAAAUGCAUAGCAAUAAAUAUACUUUUAUAGGCAGGUUCAUACUAACUGAAAAAGCUCAGCAAGUAAGAUUUGAAUUUCUUGGGAUAAUGCUGCAGUGUUGGGUCACAAUAAUAAAAUUGGAAGCGGAAUAAAUGAAACACAAGAAGUUCUACAUGUUUUAUCAUCUUGGUGAUAGUUUUGCAUGAUAUUGAUAGACUGCAUUAACUUGAAAUUUAAAUUAACUUCUAAGCAUACAAUGAUUGGUAUUCCUUACAAGUAUGGAAUCUGUUGCUCUCAUUUAAAUAAUCUGAAAUCCUGUAAUAUAUAGGGGUUUGAUUUUUGUUUUUCUAUUGCUAUGGCUGAAUUUUCUUAUCCGCACCUGCUUUCAAAAUCUAAUUCAAACUUGUCAUCUCUGGUGAGGUCUCUGGCUGCCAUUGAGCUUUUCACGCAAUUAUUGUUACCUGAGCCAAAGAAUAGUUUUUUAUUUAGCUGUUGUAGACUGGAAACAUGGACAAAAAUAAUAGCAAAAUAACAGAACUCUUUGGCUUCAAAUUUUUUUCUCCUAUGAUGUGUGUGCAUAUGUUAAUAUUUUAUUGAAAAUAAAUGAAUUUGGUGUUGGUAGUUUUCUAAUGCCUAUACUCUUACACAUUCUGUUUAUCUUGUAUUUUGAAGCUCAAAACAGUAAGAUGCAGUUAAUAACCUCCUAAGACAUCCAUUGAAACAAAAUAGUUAAUAAACAUUUGUGUAUUUAAUCUUCUAUAGUCAGAAUUUAUAUUCUAAAGGGACAGAAAAUAAUUAGUAAGGGGAGGAUAUUGGGAAAAGGUAGGCCUUUUGAAAGUAAUUGUUGAGUUCCUUUAAUGUACAAACUUCCUAUUUAUGUUUUUUGUUUUGCUUCACUAUUGUGCUUGGUUAUUCACUGGAAAAAGUGAUGCACAAUGUCAUAAAUGUCAAAGAACUUGCCGUCUUUUAAUCUCGAUUAAAUCAUAGUGUAAGUCGGAACAAUUAUGAUGGAUUAUUAUGUCUACACACGAUGAUGGCAUGGAAAUAGUUUGGGAAGAAGCAAAUUCUGUAAACUCAUGGCUGUGGUUUUUAAAUACCUAAUUACUUUUGUCUUUAAAGGAUGGCAGAUCACUCAUUCACAAUUGUUGUCUUUGAUUUUGGGUAUGCUGUUUAUAAAAUCAACCCUUGUAGCAUUAUUGUUCAGCAAUCAAAAUUAGUGACCAUUGAAAUCAAGGCUGGAACUUCAAAAAUAUGCAUUACAAAACACCAUUUUUAUGUAUUAUAUGCAACCUGACUUUUCUUUAAGUUACAUGGAUUGGAAUAUUAAGACAUUUCUUUAAAAAGCCACCACAGAUACUGUUCUGAGAGUUUUCCUUAAAUGAUCAGUGACUCCAUUAUGCCAUAAGUGUUGGAUAUGAAGUUUAUAUGAAGAUCUAUUCUUCAGUUUAUAACUGUGCACUUUUCAAGAUUGCAAACUAUGUACAUCUUUACUCAGUACAGAUAAUACAAACAGAUUGCAGUGCUGCAAGGUUUAUUAAUAUUUGUACUGUUAUGUUAUUAAAAUGGUACUGUUUUAUUCAUUUAGUGAUAAGGUAGCACUGAUGUAUAAAGUAUUGCAGUUAAUUUGCAAAUUGGAUUGUUGCGAUACCAAGAGUUCUGUAGCUGUAGCUUCAAAGAUUUCUCAUAGUUUAAUGGAAACAGAUUUACUAGAUGAGCAAAUGUGUAAGACGAGGAUGGAUUUAAAUUGGUUUGGAAGAUUGUCUUGGGAAAACCAUAUUGUCCUUUAUUAUGUGUAUUUUUUUGGUGACUAUUUAUGUGACAAAAUAAAAUCGUUGGUUGUCUUACAAGUUCCCAAACUAUUUUCAUUAUUCUGUGCUAGUUUUUUUAAACAAAGGAAAAUAACUUCAGUUUUAUUUUUACUCGUUGCACAGACGUAUUUUCCUCCUCAUUCACAUUGUUUUUGUCCUUCUUAUUUUGACUUAAUUUAUGCAACUUUUCACAAGAAGCAGUGACGAUUCAUUUGUUACUUGUAAAUACAGCUUGUAUUUGUAGUGAGUUGUGUUGAAGGUGUGAUCUUGAACUGAAUUUGUUGCUGAAGACCAAUUGAUUUUUAGUGUGAAAAAGCUACUGGUUGAAUGUGUGAAGUUGAAACCUAUUUUUCAACAGGUUGUUACUUUAAGAUUGAAACAACUUGCUGUAUGAAUUUUCAAGAAAUUGUUUUAUAAAUUUUAUUUAAAAAUUCAAGAAAUCCCCUUUAAACACAAAUUUAUGAAGUUCCAAGCUUUAUUUUAAUUAUAAAAUAUUAAGUAUAUAUAAAAUUUACAUCAAAAGCUGAUCUAUAUCUUCAAAGGAUUAGCUUCAUAGGCCUAUGAAUUGUGUUGAUCAGGAUUGUCUAUUCAAUUUUUUAAAAAUAUUGUACAAUUGGAGCUGUUAAAUAAUUAAUAUUCCUUAUCAGUGCAGUGAUUUCUAUAAUUAUUUAAUAGAAUAUGCAUGUCUGUGAAUAGUAGGUUGUCCUCUGUACUCAAUAGUGAUUAAAGUUUGAAAAAUUAAGCAUGAA